AUCAAUCAUCAUCAUUGUAUUUAUGUCUGUUCAAACGGCAGCAGCAGUGGCGCUCAAGUUGUUGUUGUUGUUGUUUUUUUUAUUGUUGGUGAGUGUGUGUUUGUCGAUCGUUAAAUGUCAACUGCCAUAAACACACACAGAAUUUCGGCAUUGACGCAUACACACACAAAGUGAUCCAUAAUUUUGGACCGAAUGUUAUUCCUAUAUUGGAUGAUUUAAACUUUUUUUGUAAAUAGGUGACGAAUUAAUAUAAAUUACCAAACCCAACGAGUGAACAAAAUAUUUUGUUUUGAACGAACAAUAAGCCAUAUCGACAAAUCUAGCGAAAAAAUAUUUUUCCGUUCAAAGUUUCAUCUGAAUGAUGAUGAACAACAAUUCCAAUGUCAAUUCGAAAUCAUCGCCCCCUCCUCCCUCGCUUCAAUCAUUAAUUGAAACGCAUUCGAAUUCGAUGAAAUUAUGGGACCACCAAACACCACCAACAUCCAUGCGAAAACUAACACGUACUGAUUCAACAUAUGAAGAUGAUUCAUUUGAUGAAUCGACAACAUCAAUGAGGGAUACUAUGCCUUCUUACCAUAAUCAUCUUCAUCAUCAUCUUGGUCACCUAAAUCAUCGUCAUCAUGUAUUACGACAACAAUGGUUUGUCGAAAAAAAUAACAAUAACAGUAGUCUUGUCAAUCGAUUACGACGUACAGCAUCGAAUUCUUCGUCGUCAUCAUCUUUAUCGUCAUCGACGUCAACAUCAUCGGGCAUAUCUUCGGCCAAUAUUUAUUCAUCGUCAUCAUCAUCAUCAAACAAUGUCAAUUCGACAUCGUUUGCAUCAUCAUUUUCGUCAUCGUUUUCGGCUACAUUAUCUUCAUUAUCCGAAUCAUGUGAUCAACAAUCAUUAUCAUCAUGUGAUUCGCCCAUACCAGCAACAUCAACGACGAUCGAUACCAACAAUAGCAGCAUUUGUGAUUAUCCAAAAAUUCUUCGAAAAUCUUCAUUCAAGAAUAAAUUUAUUCAUUGUUAUAAGCCAUAUAAUUAUGGUAAACCAACAACAGCUUUAACGACAAACGCUGUACGUCGAUAUUCAUUGCAGCUGCAUUUGAAGAAUAAUAACAAUAACAAUGAUAUAGAAUCGCUGCUGUCAUCAUCAUUGAUGAUGAUUUCGCCAACACCUCCUUCUAGACCUAAUUCUCGAUCGUCGAUGAAAAAUUCUUCGUCUUGCCAUCAAAUAGCUGGCCAUUAUAAUUGUCAUCAUAGAGAUCGACGAUGUAUAUGGGCGACUAUGGCAGCCAUGGCAGCUGCCGCAUCGACUUCCGUUUCGAAACCAACGCCAGUGAUUAAAUCAAAUCCAUCAUCACCAAGUAAAAAUAGCCGCUAUUUAGAUUCGAAUUUUUCUGAUUCAAUGAAUGAAGAAGAAGAAGAGGAAGUAGGAGCUUCAAUUCUAAUCGAUACCGAUUCAUCGUCUCCUCAGCAGCCACAACAACAGCCAAUCGGGGGUGAUGUUACCGUUACGCCACAAUUGGUUCGAUCCAAAUCGUUGGAUGAUCUUCAAACAUUAUUCUGUUGUCCGAAUCUAUGUACAGCAACAUCAGCUGGUACUGCUCAGCCAGUUGCGCCAGCUGUUCCCAUUAGCGGUUUAAACAUGGAAAAUGUCAUGUUAUCAUCAUUGAUGACAUCUAUCCAUCAGCCGACAACAAUGGCUAACAGUCAUAGCGGUAUGAUCCAUUAUUCAUCUUUUAAUCCGAUACCUUGUGAUCCAUCAUCGAACACUACUACCACCGAAACUCAACCAAAGACAUACGAUAUAUUAGCAUGUCCAUUUUUCUCUCAACAACAACAACCACAACAAUUAAAUCCGGAUCAUCCCUACCAAUCGCUCAAUCCAUUGAUGAUGAAAAUGACAAGUAUAUCAUCAAAUCAGAUCAAUAUAAUCGGUGGCGAUGAACGAUUAUCAUCAUCCACGACCAUUGUUACAAAUGAAGCUCAUCCUACCGAUACUACCAAUAAUCAUAGCAACAAUAAUAACGAUAGUAAUAAUUGUGAUAUCGAUCAUGUAAUGAGAAAAAUUAGCUCAUUACAUGUUUGAAAUGUUUCGAUUUUUGAUUGUAGCAUCGCCAUCAAAAUCGUGAUUACGUUAUAUAUUUCUUAUCAUUAUUAAUUCCGUUUCUUUAUUUCUCACUUUUUUUUUGUUUGUUGAUCUCGCUUAUUUCUACUUUUGACCAAACAUUGAUCUAAUAUUCUCUUUUUU